AUGGGACAUGAUAGCCUCCGUGAACCUGCGGAAUCUCGAUGGAUACGGAAGUUUGCGAGAGCUCGCAUGCUGGACGUGAAGGGAGAAGCCUGCAUUACGGUUGCUAUUGGUAUGGCCUUUGGCGCCACAGCGUCCAGAUGCGAUGGGGGCAGUGAGAAGAUCGGUGGUCGGCACGGCUUGGGGCUGCUGUCAUACGGUGAGCUUGUGCAUGUGAUGCACGUUGAGUAG